UCAUGUCACAACUCAUCACAGUAGUAUUUAUUUGUAAACAAAUAUAUAUACACUAUAUCUGCCUGCGACGGCUUAUUGAGUGGUUCAAGCGAGCUACAGCGGAAGAUCAAGGGGUUGAAUACACCAGCAACGAUAGCACAGUGAUACAAAGUAAGCACAGGGCUCAUAUAUUUUGGUUAUGUCGGCUUCCAUGAAACCCGGCCACCUGGGCCGUCUGAUCAAGACCGCCAUCGUGCAGAAAGGACCUCUUACCACUAACGAGCUCGUGGCAGAACUACCCUCAAGUCAAGUUCAAAGCAAAGCUUGGCUGAAAAAUAAAGUCCUCAAACAUAUGAAAGCUAAACGAGAGGUGAUGCAGAAACUGCAACCAACAGAAGAGAAUGUGUCAUCAAUCGAAUUGAAACAUAACCGGAGUACCCAAAAGGGCGUUUUUAAAUGGGUGAUAUAUGCAGAUAAAAAAUUCAUACCGAAGACACCCAGUCCUCCAGCCGAAACUGCAGCAAAACAAACAGCUUAAGCAACGAGUACUUUCAAAAAUAGUUAAAAAUAAGUGCAUCAUAAAAUGAGUCGAGACUCGAGUUUGUGAAAACUUUGUUCACAAUUUACUUCAAGAAAGGCACACUACGCCGUGUGGAAAGGCCAUAUAUAUGCAUCCCCAUAACACGUAAUUGUAAUUAUCAUUUGUUGAGCAAUCUUACACUGUUCUAAAACUUCAAACUAAAGAAUGC